CUUGUUGUGGUAGUGUGUAGAAAGACGCACAAGAUCAAAUGAGGAGAAAAAGGAAAAGAAAGGAAAGGGAGGACACAUUAUUUUGGGAACAUGAACCCGGGUGGUGAGACGUGGCAAUAUAUAAGUGGGUAGGUGCAAUUUGACGGGCUUUGGCUAGCGCUCUCUCUCUCUCUCUCAUGCGCUGCCAUGUCAGAGUGUAACCCCGUCCUAUGACCCCGGCGAAACCGUAUCAUUCUCUCUAAAAAGAUUAAAAACCUCUCUCUCUAAAUGUAUUGAUUGUGUGUGUGUGUGUUUAUAUAGAAGAGGUGGUGGGGGCUUUUUAUUAUUUUAGUGUUGAUGUUAUUGUUGUUGUAGUCUCGUGUCUUUGUGUGUUGUGUCUUUGCCUUCCCCCAACCCCCCCCACCCCCCGUCUUUGUCUCUCUCUUUCUCGUAUCUCUUAUAUCUUUCUCUCCUUAACUUCCAAGCCCUAAUCCCUCUCUAUUUCUAUAGUAUGUAUCUUGCUUAACCUGUCAAUUUCUGAGGAUUCUAGACAGUAAAGAUUGGUUUUUGAUCCACAAGAAAGAUUGAUUGCUGUCAUAGCCUGUAGGCAAUAUGAAAGAUGCUGAGGGUUUGUAGUGGCUUAGAUUUCUCUUUUGGAGCUUUGAUGCAACUUCCUCACUGAUGCAUGGCAUGCUUUGUGGGCACGCUUGUGGUAAAUGUAAAAUACAAGAUUGAAAGAUGAAGGAUAACAGUUCAACAAGUAGUAAAAUGAUUAGCAGAAACUGGGUCUUGAAGCGAAAACGAAAAAAGAUUCUGUAUGGACGAGUUGUUUCUACUGGUAAAGAAGAUAACUUGGAAUCUCCAAGGAAUACAUCUGCUGCUAAACGCCGGCCAAAGAGUGAACAAAGUUCUGAUCUAUCUUCAUCCAAGAAGAAAGGAAAUGAUGGGUAUUACUAUGAAUGUGUAAUCUGUGAUCUUGGUGGCAACUUGUUGUGCUGUGAUAGCUGUCCCCGGGUGUACCAUCUACAGUGCCUUGAUCCACCUCUUAAGCGCAUUCCAAUGGGGAAAUGGCAAUGCCCAAAGUGCUCUCAAAAAAGUGACCCACUGAAGUCCAUUAGCCCACUGGGUUCCAUUUCAAAACGUGCAAGAACAAAAAUAAUCACUACAAAUUCUAGAACUGGAUUUAAGUCAUCUGGCACUGACAAAGUAUCUGCGCUUUUCGGAAGCUCCAUUGUCUCCAAGCGAAGGUCUUCCAGCAAAGGGAAAUCGACUCUAAUAGUUGGAUCCAAAUCCAUUGAAAAGGAACCAGAUUCGUCCUCAGAUUUAUUAUGUAGCACCAAGUCAUGUGAUCCGUCUGCUGUUAGUUCUGUAGAUGGUACUUCAUUGCAUGUGAACAUUGAUGAUGAAAAGAAACGUGAUGCAUCUCCAAAAGAGUCAACUGCAGGGAAGAAAACAAUUUCCCUUGCUGAUGAACUCUUGUCUCAUUCUAAACUUACUGAAUCCAAGCCAAAUAAUGAAGGUUCUGGUGAGAAGCAUGUCUUGGCUUGUGAUAAUGGAUUUCCAAGAAAGAAAAUUGUUCUUGCAAUUGGUGCAGCUUCUGAGAACAGGAAAAGAAAGCUUGAAGGCAAUAGUGUGGACAGUGUUAAGAAGCCCAGGACCAACAAGGGAAAGCGCACCUCCAUAAAAUAUAGACCCAAAGCCAAUAAUGCAAGUUCUGGAACUAGUAAAUUGAACCAGAAACGGAAAACCAUUAAUCAUGAAGUUUCGUUACUUUUGCCAACAGAAGAUGUUGAAGUCAAGAACAUAGAAUUGCAGAAAAAGGACGAGAAGAAUCCUGUGGAAUUUGCACAACCAUUAGAAGAGUCGUAUAAAGCAGAGGUUCAUGUGGAUGAAACCCAGAAAUGUGAGGAUAUUGUCAUGACCGAACUUCAGCAGGUUGAUCGGGUAUUGGGGUGUCGGAUUGAAGGUGAAAAUGCAAGCUUGUCAUGCUGUACAUCUCUGAUUUCAAAAAAUGACCGGUGUUCUGAUGAAUUGCUUAUAUCAGAGACUGAAAAUGGACACUUGGAGGAAAAAGCCGCUGGUGACACGUAUUCAGAUCUCGGGGUUGCUGAAAAUCAUGUUGAGGGUCAUCCUGGUGUUAUUGAAAGUUCUGAGAAGGAUGAAAGUGUGAAGAAUGACAUUAGAGUGGAUACAAUACGGGUAUACAGAAGAUCUGCUAGCAAAGACUAUAAAGGAGGGAACAGCAAGGAUUUACUGGGGAAAGAUGGAAAAGAUUCAGGUUCUGGAGGCAUUAGUGGUAAGGAUCAAGAUGAAUCUGCAGUAACAACAGAAGUAACGGUGAAAAGACAUGAAAAUCCGGUGAUUGAAGAAACUACUGAUUUUUGUUUGAAAAACUCAGAUGCAGAUCAAAUUUCUGAAGUUUGUGAAAUGCAUGUCUCUCCUGAAACCAAGGACACAAAAGAAGAAGAUAUGAAAAUCAAAACUUCUAGUAUUGAAAAUAAAGUCCUGGAGCCUGCCAUGGAAGAACUAGCAUGUGCUAAUAAAGAGACAACAUCAUAUGAAUUCCUAGUUAAGUGGGUAGGGAGGUCUCAUAUACAUAACAGUUGGAUCUCAGAAUCCCAGCUGAAAGCUCUUGCAAAGAGAAAACUAGAAAAUUAUAAGGCUAAGUAUGGAACAGCUUUGAUAAAUAUCUGUGAGGAAAAGUGGAAGCAGCCCCAGCGAGUAAUUGCUCUCCGUGCUUCUGAGGAUGGCAGCCGUGAAGCUUUUGUAAAAUGGACCGGUCUUCCUUAUGAUGAAUGCACUUGGGAAAGUCUGGAUGAUCCUGUUCUUAAAAAAACAGUUCAUCUAAUCAAUCAGUUCAGUCAGUUUGAGCGCCAGACAUUGGAAAAAGAUUCUGCGAGGGAUGAUCUACAAAAAGGGAGGCGUGAUGGUCUGCAAAAUGAAAUUGCUACUCUGAUGGAGCAACCGGAGGAACUAAAAGGAGGUUCCUUGUUUCCUCACCAGCUUGAGGCAUUGAAUUGGUUGCGUAAGUGUUGGCAUAAAUCCAAAAAUGUAAUACUUGCUGAUGAGAUGGGGCUGGGGAAAACAGUAUCUGCUUGUGCUUUCCUUUCAUCUUUGUAUUUUGAGUUCAAAGCUUCUCUCCCGUGCUUGGUCUUGGUUCCACUUUCAACAAUGCCUAACUGGUUCUCUGAGUUUGCACUGUGGGCUCCCAACUUAAAUGUUGUGGAGUACCAUGGGUGUGCAAAAGCAAGGGCCAUGAUUCGCCUGUAUGAAUGGCAUGCUAGUGAUCCCAAUGAGAUGAACAAGAAAACCACUUCCUACAAAUUUAAUGUUCUUUUAACCACUUACGAAAUGGUUCUUGCGGAUUCCACUUAUUUGCGUGGAGUUCCUUGGGAAGUUCUUGUGGUUGAUGAGGGCCAUAGACUUAAGAAUUCAGGGAGUAAGCUGUUCAGCUUGCUCAACACGUUCUCUUUCCAACACCGUGUUCUUUUGACUGGUACCCCUCUUCAGAAUAACAUUGGCGAGAUGUAUAAUUUGCUCAAUUUCUUACAGCCAGCAUCAUUUCCUUCUCUAACUUCCUUUGAGGAGAAAUUUAAUGAUCUCACAACAGCUGAAAAAGUCGAAGAAUUGAAGAAACUUGUUGCACCACACAUGCUUCGAAGGCUUAAAAAGGAUGCUAUGCAAAAUAUCCCCCCCAAGACAGAACGGAUGGUUCCUGUUGAGUUGUCUUCUAUCCAAGCUGAAUAUUACCGAGCAAUGCUAACGAAGAAUUAUCAAAUGUUACGGAAUAUUGGGAAAGGAGUUGCACAACAAUCGAUGCUAAACAUUGUGAUGCAGCUGAGAAAAAUUUGCAAUCAUCCAUAUCUCAUACCAGGUACUGAGCCUGAUUCUGGGUCACUAGAAUUUCUUCAUGAAAUGCGAAUAAAAGCUUCGGCCAAGUUGACUUUGCUGCAUUCCAUGCUCAAGAUCUUAUACAAGGAAGGUCAUAGAGUUCUGAUUUUUUCACAAAUGACCAAGCUUCUUGAUAUCCUUGAGGAUUAUUUGACCAUAGAGUUUGGCCCUAAAACAUAUGAAAGGGUGGAUGGUUCUGUAUCAGUCUCGGAUCGCCAGACAGCAAUUGCACGUUUUAACCAAGACAAAAGUCGAUUUGUCUUCUUGUUAUCAACACGCUCUUGUGGCCUUGGAAUCAAUUUAGCAACCGCAGACACUGUCAUUAUUUAUGAUUCUGAUUUCAACCCACAUGCUGAUAUCCAAGCUAUGAAUCGAGCACAUCGAAUUGGGCAAUCAAAAAGACUUCUGGUGUACAGGCUUGUUGUUCGUGCCAGUGUUGAAGAGCGCAUCUUGCAACUUGCUAAAAAAAAACUAAUGCUUGAUCAGCUCUUUGUCAACAAGUCUGGGUCUCAGAAGGAAGUGGAAGAUAUUCUACGAUGGGGAACAGAAGAGCUUUUUAGUGAAUCUUCUAGCAUGAAUGGAAAAGAUAAUAGUGACAAUAAUAUCAACAAAGAUAAAGAUGACACAAUAGCAGAUCUGGAGCAGAAGCAGAGGAAGAGGAGUGGCGGCCUUGGGGAUGUGUACCAAGAUAAAUGUACAGAUGGUGGCAACAAGAUUGUGUGGGAUGAAAAUGCUAUAUCAAAGUUACUUGACCGCACAAACCUCCAGUCUGCAUCAACUGAUGCUGCUGAAGGAGAUUUUGAGAAUGAAAUGCUUGGCUCAGUAAAGUCCUUGGAAUGGAAUGAUGAAACAACAGAAGAGCAAGGGGGAGCUGAAUCACUAGUUGUGGUUGAUGAUACCUGCGGACAAAAUCCUGAAAGGAAAGAGGACAAUGUGGUAAAUGUUACUGAAGAAAAUGAAUGGGACAGGCUUUUGCGUUUAAGAUGGGAAAAGUAUCAAAACGAGGAGGAAGCUGCUCUUGGUCGAGGGAAACGCUUGAGGAAAGCUGUCUCAUACAGGGAAGCUUAUGCCCCGCAUCCAAAUGAAACUUUGAAUGAGAGUGGUGGUGAAGAGGACCAGGAGCCUGAAGCAGAGCCUGAGCGGGAAUAUACACCAGCUGGAAGAGCUCUAAAGGCAAAAUACACUAAGCUUCGCUCUAGACAAAAAGAACGCCUUGCUCAGCGGAAUGCAAUUGAAGUAUUUUGUCCUAAUGAGGGGCUUCCUGUACGUGAGUUGGUUCUUCAUUGCCCUCCCACCAAUGAAAUAGACAGGGAUCGGGCCAUGGAGUUUGCUCAACAAGGCAGAGAGAAGGCGUUUGUAAUUAACUUGGAGGAUGACGAGUUCAGUCAGCAAGAUGCAACAAAGAGAAAUGCUGACGCAACCAUAAAGUUGGGCCACCUAUCUAAUCAUAAAUUGAGCAGUCAUCUGGAUCUUUCUAUGAACUCUCUUGGACACCCCUCCUCUGACACUAUCCUUCCAAUUCACCAAAAUCACGGCACAGGCAAUAAAAACUUGCUUUCUUCCAACAAUCAGUUACCUGUUCUGGGACUCUGUGCUCCCAAUGCUAAUCAAUUGGAUUUGUUGCACAAAAGCUCUUCAAGAUCAAAGGGUCAACAAAGCAAGCCAGUGCCUGGACCAGAGUUUCCAUUUAGUCUACCUCCUUGCUCCGAAACUUCAAUUGAGAUGGAUAUAAAACAUCAGGAGACUACAUCAGACAAGCCAAAAUUGCUAGAUGCAUCAGCUGAGAUUUUGCAACCACGUCUUAAAAAUAACUUCGCAGAUGGUUGGCACUCGUUUAGUCCGUGUCCACCUAUAUCACAAGGGAAGGAUUCUGAUCACUUGGAAGGUUCCAGUUCUAGUUUUGCUGGUUUCCAGGAAAAGAUGUCACUGCCAAACUUUCCUUUUGAUGAGAAUUUGUUGUCCAGAUUUCCACUUCCUUCCAAGAGCAUGCCUAGUAACCAUGACUUAUUACCAAGCUUGUCACUGGGGAGAAGACUUGAAGCUGUUAACGACUCUACUCGAGACCUUCCAGCAAUGCCAUUGUUGCCCAAUUUGAAAUUUCCCCCUCAAGAUGCAACAAGAUAUAAUCAGUUAGAGAGGGAGGUUCCUCCGACACUGGGUUUGGGUCAGAUGCCAUCUGCUUUUUCAUCAUUUCCUGAAAACCACAGAAAGGUGCUUGAGAACAUAAUGAUGAGGACUGGCUCUGGAUCAAGUAGCUUGUACAGAAAGAAAUCAAAAAUAGAUGUUUGGUCUGAGGACGAACUUGAUUUCCUUUGGGUUGGUGUUCGGAGAUAUGGAAGGGGUAAUUGGGAUGCCAUUCUUAGAGACCCCAGGUUAAAAUUCUCGAAGUACAAAACUUCAGAAGAUUUAGCAGCUAGGUGGGAGGAGGAACAAUUCAAGUUCUUGGAUGGGUCUGCCAUUCCAUUGCCAAAGAUGAUGAAGCCAACAAAGUCCUCCAAAUCAUCCUUGUUCCCAAGCAUUCCUGAGGGAAUGAUGACACGGGCUUUGCAUGGAAGCAGACUCGUUACCCCGUCAAAGUUUCAGUCACAUCUGACGGACAUGAAAUUGGGUUUUGGUGAUCUGUCUUCUAGCCUACCACAUCUUGAGCCGCUGGAUCAAUUUAGUUUGCAGAAUGAGCAUUUUGGACCAAUUCCAUCUUGGAAUUCGGAUGAGUUGCGGGUAAGUUUUGUUGGAGAUUCUUCAGUGGGACCAUCACAUGUUUCCUCUGAAAAACCAUUUCUGCUCAAUUCUUUUGGAGCAAGCACCUUGGCAACUCUUGGAUUGAAUUCCUCAAGCAACUUUGAUUUACAGCGAAGAGAAGAGGAAUACAUUACCAUGAAGUAUGGGAAAUCACCUAGCCUUCUAGAUAGAUCAUUACAUAUAUUGCACGAUUCCCAUAACAAUGUGGGAAGUGGUGAAUUAAGCAGUUCAGCAUUGUUCUUGGACCCAAAUAAAGUGUUGAAUCCAUUCCAUUCAAAGGGCAAAGAAGUAGUUGGAAGCAGUUCGUCGAACAAGCUGCCUCAUUGGCUUCGGGAAGCUGUAAGUGCUCCUCCUGUCAAACCAGCUAUUCCUGACCUGCCACCCACUGUAUCAGCAAUAGCUCAAUCAGUUCGUGUGCUAUAUGGAGAAAAUCAGCCAACUAUUCCUCCUUUUAUUGUACCCGGUCCACCUCCCUCCCAACCAAAGGAUCCAAGAAGGAUUUUGAGGAAGAAAAAGAAGCGGAGGUCACAUAUGUUCAGGCAGUUCCCACUAGAUAUUGGGGGAAGUAGCCAGGAUUUUAGAAAUAGCAUCCAUGGCAGUAAUGUUGCUUCGACCUCUAUCCCACAGGUCCCACCAUUAGUUCAUGAAACUUCGGGCCCAUGGAAUGAAUCUGACCUUAACCUGCCUCUUCCCAGUUUACACAAGAUGAAUUCAUUGACUUCGUCUGCUUAUUUAAACAUACAGAAGAAAACUACCAUGGGAUUGUCCCCCUCCCCAGAAGUUCUUCAAUUGGUAGCAUCCUGUGUUGCUCCAGGUCCUCAUUUAUCCUCUGGUUCUGGUGCAACAAGCUCGAGCCUCCGUGAAAGUAAAGUACCAUUGCCAAAAUCUCCUGACCAAGUUGGAAUUUCAGAUCCACUAGGUGCUUUGGAAGAACCUAUGGACACAGAAAGGUCGCCCCCUCAGGUGCAGUGCAUUCCAGAGAAGAGACUGGAUCAACCUGAUUGUGGCGACUCUAGCAAGACCGAGUCAGAUCUUUCUCCGAUCAAACAGCCUGAUGUAGAGGACAUAUCUUCUGAGGGAACUCUAUCAGAUCAUCCUGUGAGUGACCAAGAACCAUAGUUGAGUAUCGGAUUGAAAUAUGGAACAUCAUUAUUCUUUGUUGCAGGCUCUCCAGUUAAAUGCUCGAAUUUUUGUAGGCAUGACUCAACAAGCGAUGAACUAGCAUAUAUAGGAUCAUUUAGGACAUCUUGUGUAAAGUUAUUGCAAGAUAAAAUGAAAUAUACAGUGUUCCUCGCUGGUAUUGCUGCCUCUGUCAAACGUGCUUCCAAAUCUAAGGGUUUUUCCUCCUCACCCCGUUGAAAAAAAUCGGUUGGAUUGCGACGAUGUAAAAGUGAUUCAUACAUUAUUUCUCGUUGUUCUUGGCUCAUAUAUCCAUCAUUUAACAUUUAAACA